AUGAUUAAUGAUAUAAUUCUAAUUAAUAAAGAAAAUAUUAAAACUCCUAGUGAAAAAAAAAAUGUUCCAAAAAUUGAUGAGAUCAAAUUAAGAAUAUAUGGGUGCCAGUUGCUACAAGAAGCUGGAAUUAUUUUAAAACGUAAGGCUGUUACAAUUGCAACAAGCCAAGUUUUGUUUCACCGUUUUUAUUUUAGAAAAUCAUUAACUGAUUUUGAUGUAAAGAUUAUUGCGCCUUCCUCAUUAUAUUUGGCCUGUAAGUUAGAAGAAAACUUUUGCAGUGUUUACAAAAUUAUCAAUACUUUUUAUUUUUUAUAUAAAUAUGAAGAAUUAAAAAGUAAGCAUUAUUAUUUUGAUGUGAAAAACAUCAAGAUAGACCAUUUUAAAAUCGACGUCGAAUCACAGGAAUAUAAAGACAUGAAAGUUGAAAUUUUUACAUAUGAACUUUUGAUAUUAAAAGAUAUAGGAUUUUUAAUUCAUAAAAUAAACCAACACCCACACUCAUUUCUUUUACCUUAUAUUCAUACGCUUUUUAAUAACUUAAACCAAUUUGAUAAUGAGAUGACAAAGAAGUUAGCACAAAUAUCAUGGGGAUUUUUAAAUGAUAGCAUGAGAACAACUUUGUGUUGCGAGUAUCAACCACGCUGCAUUGCAGUAGCUAGCAUAUUUUUGGCAGCUUAUAAACUAAAUAUACCAUUAGUCAAGGAAACUAAUUGGUUCAAGCUUUUUGAUGUAGAUUAUGAUGACAUAAAAAAAAUAUGCAUUCGAAUCUUACAAUUAUACAAAAUAGGACGAUGUCAUUAUAUAAAUAUUUUAACAAAGGAAAAAUAG